AUGAGUCGGUCGGCACAUCCAUACAUACGUACACCUACACCUACACACAACAUGGGGUGGCACUUGGGACAUUUGAGCUCCCUAGUCAGUCGCGAUGGGAAUCCUACCGACCCCGGUGCCGAGCUGCUCGAGCUGCUCAACGACCCUUUCAAGCAACCGCUUGGUGAAGGUGCUGUCUGGUCUGCACUGGGAUCCUCGGUCGGUAUCACCGUCGGAAUCGCACUCCUCUUUUCCUUCGUUCGCCCCUACAACACAGUCGUAUACGCGCCCAAGCUGAAGCAUUCCGACGAAAAACAUGCACCUCCCCCUAUAGGAAAGGGCGUCUUCGCCUGGAUUGGUCCGGUGCUGAAGACUUCGGAGCAUGACAUUGUCAAUCACGCUGGCAUGGACGCUGCCAUAUUCCUCCGUUUUACGCGAAUGUGUCGAAACAUCUUCCUCGUUCUGUCCAUCCUGGGCUGCGGAAUUCUGAUCCCCAUCAACUAUACGCAGAAUAGUGGCAACUCGGAACAGAAAUGGCUGAAGCGUAUCACUCCCCUAGAGGUAUGGGGAGGCAAGCAGUGGGGCUUGGUGGUCGUGACGUAUCUGUUCAACUUCACCAUCUGCGGCAUACUUUGGUGGAACUAUAGGAAGGUACUCCAACUUCGGCGCAGAUACUUCGAAAGCGAAGAAUACCAGAACAGCUUGCAUGCCAGGACCCUGAUGUUAAACGACAUUCCGAAGAAUAUGGCGUCCGACGAGGGCAUCGCUCGAAUUAUUGACGAGGUCAUUCCCAACUCAUCGUUUUCCCGAACUGCCAUUGCUCGCAAUGUCAAGGUUCUCCCAGAGCUCAUCGCUCAGCACGAUCGUACUGUCCGGAUGCUCGAGUCCGUACUGGCUAAGUACCUAAAGGACCCUCACAACCUUCCUGCUGGUCGUCCGACAUGCCACCCGUCCAAGAAGGAUCCGUCUUACAGCACAUACCCCAAGGGCCAGAAGGUCGAUGCCAUUGAGUACCUCACGUCGAGAAUUCGGGAGCUUGAGGUCGAGAUCAAAGAAGUACGAAGCACGCUUGACAAAAGAAACACCCUCCCCUACGGAUUUGCCAGCUAUGACGAUAUAGCUGAGGCUCACGCUAUCGGCCACGCUCUGAGAAGUAGGAAGCCUAAGGGUACUACCGUCCGUCUUGCUCCUCGGCCGAACGACAUCAUCUGGGAUAACAUGCCCAUGGGCCCGUCUGCGCGGAGCUGGAACAGAAUCUGGAAUAACAUUUGGAUUGCUGUCCUGACCCUCAUCUGGAUCGUGCCCAACGCCCUGAUCGCCAUUUUCUUGGUCAACCUGAAUAACCUCGGCAUGGUAUGGCCGGCUUUUCAGACCGCCCUGGAACAAGAUACCGUAUUUUGGUCCAUUGUCCAAGGUAUCGCGUCUCCCGCAAUCACGUCACUUGUCUACCUGGCACUUCCGGUCAUCUUCCGACGACUUUCCAUCAAAGCUGGUGACAGAACCAAGACGGGCCGCGAGAGACACGUGUUGGCGAAGCUCUAUUCUUUUUUCGUAUUCAACAACCUCAUUGUGUUCUCGAUCUUCAGUACCCUCUGGUCCUUCGUUGCAGCUGUUGUCAAAGACACGACCAAGACGGGCGACGCCUGGCAGUCCGUCCUGCGCCAAGAACCAGCAACGACUUUGUUCAUCGCGCUUUGCAACAUUUCGCCGUUCUGGGUGACUUGGCUUCUACAGCGCCAAUUGGGCGCCGCUGCUGAUUUAGCCCAGCUAUGGAAGCUUAUUUACGGUUUUCUGCAGCGGAAAUUGUCCAGCCCGACCCCAAGAGAGCUGAUCGAGCUCACCGCGCCACCACCGUUCGAGUACGCCAUGUACUACAACUACUUCCUGUUCUACUCCACUGUUGCGUUGUGCUACGCUGGCCUGCAGCCUCUUGUGUUGCCAGCCGCUGCUUUGUACUUCGCUGUGGAUGUGUACCUACGAAAAUAUCUGCUGUUGUACAUCUUCGUUACCAAGACCGAAUCGGGCGGCAUGUUCUGGAGAGUCUUGUUCAAUCGCUUCAUCUUUGCGACAAUUCUCUCGAACCUCAUCGUUUUCCUGGCAGUGUGGGUACGUGGCGAUGGCACACAUAUCCAAGCUUUCGCCGUGGUCCCUCUGCCCUUUAUCAUGGUGGCCUUCAAGGUGUAUUGCGCAAGGGUUUUCGACGAUAAAAUCCAUUACUUCGCCAUCCGCAAUGUGCAGCGGAACCCUGAAGGAGCCUUGAAGGACCCUCUACGCUCCGACCGCCUCGCUUCACGCUUCGGCCACCCAGCAUUGUACAAACCCCUCAUUACCCCAAUGGUCCACGCCAAGGCUCAGAAUAUCCUGGCUUCAAUUUACAAGGGUCGUCUCUCAGAUGGUCGGGAAGCCUACUCGGGGGAUGUGAUGUCUACAUCGGGCUACAGCGACGCUUAUAUCCUUGACCCGAUGACAAAGUCGGGCAAGUCAAAAUCAGCUCUGCCUGGUUUUGAAAUCGUACCUGAAGGCAAAAUGGAUUUUGAAUAUUACAAGAACCGCCCGGAGUUCGCCUCCGAGCACGGUGGCGGCGAGAUCUACGGCCGCCAUGCUGAUUCCAUUCGCCCAGGGACGCCGGGAAGUAUGUUCAACGGCAGUGAACCAAAUUCUCGACCCGGCAGUCCGAGUAUUCCCACUAUCCCACGCAUGGGAAGCCCGGGACCUGGCCGAUCAUACUCACCAUUCACCCCAACUGCAACAAAUGACAAUCCGUACGCUCAACCACCAGAUAUCGGCCGCUCGCGCAGCCCGUUGUAUUCUCAGGGCAAUGAAAGCGGGUCAAAUUUAGUCAGCCACGCCGCUGCGAUGCCCAUGACAACACCUGGGUCUAGGGAGCCCAGCAUGGAACGACCAGCGUCGAGAGCACCGGGUGGUGUGGGAAUGCUUGGUGGUGGGCCACGCGGGUAUGGAAAUCUUCCCCAGGAGGAGGCGGAUCACGACCCUAUGGCGUACGAUUAUUUCCGCAGCUCCAGAACGAGGAGAGAGUUUUGA